AAUUUGAAAUUUGCUGUGUCUCUUAUUGUACAGUUUUGCAAUCUGGUCUUCCCAGCUGAUCAGUAUAAUAUUUGUAUUUUAAGGAUUUUAAGCUUCCCGCUUCGAACCAGAAGGUACGUAGAAAAUAUAUAGAUUCUCUCUCAGUUGUCGUGCAUCAUUUUACUAAUUGAAACGUUGUUCCUCGGGACUUGUAAUCGUGAGGAUUGUUUAUUAAGAUGAUUCGACGCAUGGGAUCUAUUCUUUUACCUCUUUCUUAUCGAUUGCCUCAGUUACAGAGGUUACAGAACCCAUACUGGUGUGCACGAAAGGAGCGUCAAGCGUCAAUCAAACUUUUUCAAGUUAAUAUUUUAGCUCCUCAUUCUCAAGCAAUGUCCACGACUGUGACACCUGAAAUGAAUCUGAAUUAUCAAGAUAUUUUACAACUUACUGGCGACAAUAAGAUUAUUUUGAUUGAUGUCAGGGAACCCAAGGAACUUCAGGACAAUGGAGUACUUCCUAACAGCGUCAAUAUACCUCUGGGUACUGUUAAAGAAGCGCUACAGUCUUCAUCCCAAUCGUUUGAGGACCAAUACGGCAUUCCACUUCCUGACAAAAAUGCUCCUAUAGUUUUUUCUUGCCAUGCAGGUGGGCGAAGUAUGAAAGCUCUUCUUGCUGCACUUGAAAUAGGAUAUAAGAAUGCAAGACAUUAUGCUGGAGGUUUUUCAGAUUGGAAAAAGAAUACAGAAAAUCCACUGUGAUUAAAACAAGACAUGAAACAUGGAAAUACAAUCAUUAAUGAUGUUUAUAUUUUAGAUAUUAUGUUUCACAGACACUUAGUAGCCGUAUUUAGUAAAUUAUUUACAUUUGGAAAAAUCAAAAUCAUACAUAUUGGUCCUAAACCACAUGAUUAUGGAAUCAUUAUAUAAAGCUGUACAUUUAAAAAAUAUUUUUUUAUGGGUUUUUUAAAAUAAUGUAAAUCAGAAUAUGAUACUGCAUUUGUCUGUUGUAAAUUUGCACAUGCUUUUGUCAGCAGAAAAAAUAAAUUUAAAAUAACUUUUCAUUAAAUCCAAAUUAUUUUUGAAAUUUAAAAAGAUUUCAUGAUCUGACUGGUUUCUUCAAAAGUUGUUAUCCACUUUGUGAAUUUAAGAAACGAAAUGACAAUUUUGUUUAAGUCGAAUUUAUCUGAAGAUGAAACAAUUUGUUCAGUAACCUAGGUUUGAAGUAGAAACUGUUUUCUGUGAAAAGGAAAUAAUGUAUUCCAAGUUUAGUAAGUUGUUAUUUCAUUUUCGGAGGCAAAUGUUUCAUUGUUUUUAUUUAUUUGUUAAAAAUUUUCCAAACUUCAUGAUAAUCAUUGAUUAGAUAUUUAGCUAACAAUAUUAUACAUCACAAAAUAUCCUUAAAAGAGAUGGUCACUACAUUUUUGUGAAGUUCAGUCAACUUGUAACUUUAACGCUUUGUUUAAAUCCAAGAAUGUCCUAUCAGAAUUUUGUUUAUUUUUCCAUGCAAUAACAGUUACAUGAUUUGCUCAACUCACAGUUAAUGUGUCGAGUGUUAAAUAAAUCUGAUGUCACAAAUGUGAUUGAUUAAAAAAAUUAGUAAUGAAUGUGAGUAAAAAAUAUAUAUAUAGUACUAUCAGUGGUUUCGUUUUAUUUAUUGUACUUAUAAGAGUAUGUUAACAUGUUCUUGGCCUGAUAAAAAACGUCCAAAUGAUUCACAGUGUCAAGUACAAUGUUCUUUCCAAAGUUCCUCUAGGUUCACAACUAGCGCCAUUAUUUUUCUUAGGUUAGUAAAUGAAUUGAGUACCUGAUUAUAGAUUGUUAUUCUUUGACUAUUAUUUGAAAAUACUUAAUGAAAUAAAAUGUGUGAAUGAUUGGAACAAAUUACAAGAUUGUCUCAAUAUAUAUUUUUCUGAAGAAAGCUAAUAGACUAUCUAAACAUUUCAAAAUUUUGAGAUUCUUUAAUUUUCAUAAUGAUUUUUUAUUUUAAUUACUUCACCUUACUCUAUUGAUAAUUUGAAAUUAGAAGAGCUGCUUGAUUAUAAAAAUUUAGGACUUGUUUAUGAUUUAAUUCUAAAAUUUGAUAAACAUAUGCAUUAUAUUAUUAACAAGGGCAACCCAAAAGUUGCAUUUCACAGAAGGUCAUAUGACUUUAAAGACCCAUUUAUACUGGAAAAGUGUCACAUUUCUUUGGUGAAACAAAAAAUGUGAAAAUUGUUAAUACUUACUGGAAAUAUUUCAUUGUUUAUUUCCAAUUUAUUCCUCUACCAGCAGCACAUAUUAACACUCAUUAUUAAAUGCAAAUUCUAUUAUAUGUGGUAUUCUGAUGUAUGUGAAAUUAACUUAUUUAUGAUAUUCUGCAAAAUCUCUCCCAUUACGAUUUGUGGGAAUGCUUUCAUGUAUUUUGAAAUGUAAACAGUCAUGAACUAUAAAUUUUGAAAUGAAGGAGAGCUUUACAAAAUGUUUGAUUGUGUAAGGAAACUGAAAAAUUGAACACUGAAGGCCUACAUUAGUGAAAAUGAUUCUGAACAAAACCUCACAAUUUGUUUUCCAAAAAGUAGAAUGUAUUCUUCUUAAGAUCAACAAAUAAUCUUGUAUAAAAAUGCAAUAAAUUAAAUAUUUUAACAAAAGUAGCCUUCAUGAAUACUACAAUAACCUAGUAUAAUCUUUACGUAACAAAA